AUGGGGAGUUGGAAUAUUAGAGGCCUUAACGGCUUCUCGAAACAACACGCGGUGAGAAAUUGGAUUUCUGAUUCGUCUUUGGGUUUGAUUGAUAGCCUUCAUUCCUCCCUUCAGGAGAUCACUUGCAGGGUUACUCAUGUUUCAGAGGGGUUCUCCUUUGGGAUUACCUUUGUGUAUGGUUCUAAUGACCCUGGGAAUCACCGUAACCUGUGGGAUUUCUUUAGGGAUCAGGUGGCAGAGUUUGAUUCGGAGGGGUUACCAUGGCUUGUGUUGGGUGAUUUUAAUGCCAUUUUGGGAGCCUUUGAUAGAGUGGGUGGUGAUCCUAUGUGGUAUGGUUAUAUGGAUGAUUUUGGCCACUGUAUUCAUGAUACUAAGUUGAUUGGAGCUCCUUUUACUGGGCUUUGGUAUACUUGGCAUAACAGUCAGCAGGGCGAUGGGAUUAUUCUAUGGAAGCUCAAUUGGGUCUUUGCAUCGCUUUCUUGGUUCAUUGAUCGACAAACCACAGUUUCAGAGUUUCGACCUCGGGAUGUCUCAAAUCAUAGCUUUAUGGUUGUCCGGUUUGGCUCUCGUUGUGGCAAGAAAUUAGGGCUAUUGAAACGGAAGCUCAAAUCUCUACAUGUUAGGGACUCCAGCCAUAUCUCCAGUAGGGUGAUUGAGGCUCGUGCUCAGUGGGCAACAACCCAAGCAAAUUUGGACUGGGACCCCCUUUCUACUGAGUGUAUCUCUCAGGAGAGGAACCUUGUCAAUCGGUAUUUCGGUCUUUAUCGAGAUGAGGAGGUUAUUUUUAAGCAGCGAUCUUGUGUUCAGUGGCUGAAUUUAGGGGAUCAGAAUACUAAGUUCUUUCAUAAGUCGUUGAUCCACAGGCAGGUUCGGAACCUCAUCCACAGUUUGACUGAUGGAAAUGGAUCUUCUUGCUGCCCCUACUCAACCUCGGAUCGUGGAGGCUUCCAGGUAUUUUUUGGGCACAUUUCUUCUGAUAUGACUUCUCCCUUGACUACUCCUAUCACUGAUGAUGAGAUUAGGACUGCUUUAUUCUCUAUCCUGGAUGAUAAAGCCCCUGGCCCGGAUGGAUACACUUCUUUGUUUUUUAAGCGGGCAUGGGAGAUUAUUAGUACAGAUUUCAGAGACGCGGUGAGAUAUUUCUUUGUUACUAAUGAAAUGCCAAGAUGUGUUAAUGCUACCAAGAUUGCUUUGGUCCCUAAGGUGGACAACCCGAGUCGUAUGACUGACUUUAAACCGAUAUCUUGUUGUAAUGUACUAUACAAGUGCGUUACUAAGGUGAUAGUGAAUCAGUUUAAAGUAGUGCUUCCGGUUGUUAUUGGGAGUUCUUUGUUGGCUUUUGUCCCGGGUCGAAGGAUUUCUGAUAAUAUUCUACUGACUUAG